AUGCAUCGGAAAAGUCGGAGGAAUAGUGGAUUCGCGGGAGUUGGUGGUUACGCCAGCGUGGGAGGUCUAGGUAUGCCACUCAUUGGCGGUCUAGGCGGUGUCGUUAAAUACGGUGGCAUAGGCGGUGCAGCUGGAAUCGGUGGCUUUAAGGGUCUAGGCGGAGGUUUGGGGGGCGGUGUUGGAGGUCUUGGUGGAAUUGGUGGGGGUAUUGGUAAGGCAGGUGGUAUUGGCGGUGUUGGCGGAGCUGGAGGUGGUUUAGGUGGAAUCGGUGGUGGUGGCAUUGGUAAGGCAGGUGGUAUUGGUGGUGUUGGUGGUAUCGGCGGUGGGCCUGGCGUGGUCGGUGGCGUUGCCGGUGCACACGGCGUGGUCGGUGGCGUUGGCGGUGGGAUCAUUCCACAUCCUUGA